AUGAUGGUUGACGCCAAUGCGUUACGACGCGUCUCGAAAAUUUUCGGCGUAAUGCUAUUUGGGUCCUACCUGGAAGCGAAACAGACAGCAGACUGGGCUGUCGAGCUUCCCGAGGACGACCCAGAAGCCCUCGAAGUCGUUUUCAACGCCGCCCAUGGGAAUAUCGGAAGGCUUCCGCUCGAAUUAGAACUUGACUCACUUUUCCAGUUGGCUGUAACAGCAGAUAAGUAUCUCAUGGUGGAUGUGUUGCGUGGACCAAUAUCAUCCCGCUGGACGUGUCUCAGUCAUCCCGGAGGCCUGUGGAAUCUUGACAUGGGCAGGACAAGCUACCAGGAUCUUCAGAGACUCUGUGUCAUAACCUAUUUCGGCUCAAAGGAGCAACUCAAGCACAUCCUCGUCGGUUUAAUAUACAAGGCCGAUACCGAUCCAGAAGGCAGACUCAUAUUCACAACUAUGAGCAAUGGGGACGAGGAUGAUAACCCUGAAAAGGGCUUUGAAGGUGACUCUGAGCAACAGAUCAGAGAAUGGAAAGAAUUCGUCCCGUUGCCGCAGAUUAUCAUUGAUUUCGUGCGCGUCAACAGACAAAGGGAGGUCACAGCACUUGGAAUCAUGGUACGGUGUCUUGUUAAAGAGGGUGUAUGGUCUGCAGCUGGCACGAACGCUGAGACCUGUAGCAUGUCCGUCGCGAAUCUUGACCGCGUCACAGAGGAGCUCCGAGCAACUAUCAACACCCAAGUUUUCAAUUACAGGUAUUCGACAACGGCAACAUAUCCCAUCGAACUCCCUGCACCACUCGGCGACACAUGGCGGCAGCGCCUGGAGAACAAUCUGGAAGGUUUAGAUGUCAUGGUGGCUCGACUUUCCACAGAACUAGGUGCAAGAUGCAAGAAUGGAUAUCUUAGGAUAUGA